AUGCUGCUGCCCCAGCUCUGCUGGCUGCCGCUGCUCGCGGGGCUGCUGUCGCCCGCGCCCGCGCAGAAGUUCUCAGCGCUCACGUUUUUGAGAGUCGAUCAAGAUAAAGACAGAGAUUGCAGCCUGGACUGUGCGGGCUCUGCUCAGAAACCCCUCUGUGCGUCGGAUGGACGGACCUUCUUAUCCCGCUGCGAGUUCCAGCGUGCCAAAUGCAAAGACCCUCAGCUGGAAAUUGCUUACCGGGGAAACUGCAAAGACGUCUCCAGGUGUGUGGCCGAAAGGAAGUACACCCAGGAGCAAGCCCGGAAGGAGUUCCAGCAGGUGUUCAUCCCCGAGUGCAACGAUGACGGCACCUACAGUCAGGUCCAGUGCCACAGCUACACGGGGUACUGUUGGUGCGUCACGCCCAAUGGAAGGCCUAUCAGCGGCACUGCUGUUGCCCACAAGACGCCCAGGUGCCCGGGUUCUGUAAAUGAAAAGUUACCUCCACGGGAAGGCACAGGAAAAACAGAUGAUGCCGCAGCUCCGGCGCUGGAGACACAGCCUCAAGGAGAUGAGGAAGGUAUCGCAUCACGUUAUCCCACCCUUUGGACGGAGCAAGUCAAAAGCCGACAGAACAAGACCAAUAAAAACUCAGUGUCCUCCUGUGACCAGGAGCACCAGUCCGCCCUGGAGGAAGCCAGGCAGCCCAAGAAUGACAACGUGGUGAUCCCUGAGUGUGCCCACGGGGGCCUCUACAAGCCAGUUCAGUGCCACCCCUCCACGGGGUACUGCUGGUGUGUGCUGGUGGACACAGGGCGCCCCAUUCCUGGCACAUCCACCAGGUAUGAGCAGCCCAAGUGUGACGACAGAGCCCGGGCACACCCCGCCAGGGCCCAGGACCUGUUCAAGGGCCGGCAGCUGCAGGGUUGUCCUGGUGCCAAAAAACAUGAAUUUUUGACAAGCGUCUUGGAUGCACUGUCCACAGACAUGGUCCAUGCUGUCUCUGACCCCUCCUCCCCAUCGGGCAGACUCUCAGAACCAGACCCCAGCCACACCCUGGAGGAGCGGGUGGUGCACUGGUACUUCAAGCUGCUCGAUAAGAACUCCAGCGGGGACAUUGGCAAGAAGGAAAUCAAACCCUUCAAGAGAUUCCUUCGGAAAAAAUCCAAGCCCAAAAAGUGUGUGAAGAAGUUUGUGGAGUACUGUGACGUGAAUAACAACAAGGCCAUCUCUGUGCAGGAGCUGACGGGCUGCCUGGGCGCCACCAAGGAGGAGGGCAAAGCCAGCACGCGGAAGCGCCACACCCCCAGAGGCAGCACCGAGGGCUCCCCUCCAAGGCAGCCGAGGAAGCAAGGAUGAGCAGCUGGCCCUUCCGUGGCGGUUUCUAGACAUGUGGGAGUCUCCCUCACCAAAGAGCGAUUUAAAAACAAGCCCAUAGUAUUUGCACUUUGUACUUUACAUGUAAAUCCACUUGGUAGAAACGAGAUAUUUAAACGGACUGUUUGGAUCUGGAAUGUGGAAGGCUGGCUUCAGACGAGUCCUCACAUACAAUGUAUGUGUCCUUCGUCCACCGUGGAAACCUGCGCCUGGCGGACAGGAGUUUGGAAAGCACGGAGCUUCUCGGCUCUGCCCGGGGUAGCUGCUGGCAGCCUCCUCCAGGCCCUCUGCAGCCCUGCCUCGGGCUGCCCGCGCUCUUACAGUCCACAGGCGCCAGCCUUGUCCCCUCAGCUGGGGCUUCAUAGAAGUGUCACUGAAAUGGAGUUCGUAGGUCUUGCCCUUACUGUGCUCGGACUGGCUGUUUCUUGGGAUUCUGUGCCGGUCUGUUCAUUUCGCUUUCCCGAGGUCUCUCGCACCCGAUGAGCCAGGUCACCAGGAAGGACCGGGUCCCCAGGAAGGAGGGCAGAAAUGGCUGGGGUGGGGGAGAGCUUUCAAACUUCUUCACCUCCACUUCCAAGCUUCUCUUUGGGUUUUGCCUUGGGCUCAGAUAAGUCCAGGCAGGCGGCCUAGAGGGGCCCUUCCUUCAGAAAGGGGACCCAGGCUGUGACUAGGCCACUCCUGCCAGCCUGCUUCUCUGUGCCCCCAGGGUCCCCUGGAAGACAACGCUGUCCCUGAACAAAUGGCCCCCAGGAGGCAUGACGGCAGAGGUGUGGGCAGGGUGUGGACUGGGCCUCAGGAAGGGCUGCGAGUCCUGCUCCGCACACUGCUGAAGGCUCAGGGCAGGGGCCUUGCCAGAGUCCAUCUGUGGCACAAGAGGGUCAGCAACUGCGUGCCCACUGUGAGCAGCAGAGUUGGCUCUCAUGGCCACUGCCACCCUGGACCUGGCCCUAAGCGAGAGGUGUGAGGCCAGCCAGCUCCGACUUCUGUAGGAGGGCCCUCGUGGCCUGGUCCCCCGCAGGGUCCCGUGCAGUCAUGACCCUGAGAGUGUGUGGAGAGGCGUCACGAGGACUGUGCCGGGAGUCCCAGGCCAGCUCAACGAGCGUCAGCAUCGUCUAGGAAACAGCUGUGAGCCUAGUUGUUUUGGAUACUCGUUUAUAUUGCUGAACUUUGAAAUUAAUCAUUUUUCCUAGAUUAAAAUCAGACAUGUGAUCAAA